GGGAUUUGUGUUUGUAUACUUGUCCAAACAGCUUUAUUUUUAUUAUUCUAUAAUAAAAAACAAUUUUAAUUUAUUCACAGUGUAAUAUAAUAAUGUGAACUUACUGAGAUCAACGUGAUUUAUAUUCAGUUCUAAAGAUGGAGACUACACCGUUGCUGACGAGGCCUAAAAAGAAAUCCUUAUGGUCAAGGCUUCAAUUUUGGAGGUUUCGGAGGAAGAAGUUAAGUUCGCGAGCUAUAUAUCUGGGACAGCUGCCUGAUGAAGAAUUUCCGCCUAAUUAUGUCUGUAAUCAGAAAUACAACAUCUUGACAUUUCUGCCGCUGGUGCUGUUUGAGCAGUUCCGUUUCUUCCUGAACCUGUAUUUCCUGGUGAUGGCUGUCAGCCAGUUCAUCCCAAGCAUUCGUAUUGGCUACCUCUAUACAUACUGGGGACCACUGUGCUUUGUGCUCGCUGUCACGCUGUUCAGGGAAGCCGUUGAUGAUUUUAGAAGAUAUCGACGCGACCGCGAAGUGAACCGGCAACGUUACGAGCGUAUAGUCUUAGACACCCCCGACACUGAGUACCGGCCGUUCGUGACGGAGCAAGUGGCCUCUUCCGAACUGCGAGUGGGGGACAUCGUGAUGCUGCACAAGGGACAGAGAGUCCCCGCCGACAUGAUACUGUUGAGGACCAAUGAGACUAUGGGCACCGUGUUUAUAAGGACCGACCAGCUAGAUGGAGAGAUCGAUUGGAAGUUGAGAAUACCGCUACCAUCAACACAGAAGUUGCCUACAGACGCACAUCUCUUAGACAUUAACGCUCAGAUCUUCGCGGAGAAACCGGAGAAGGACAUACAUUCCUUCAUCGGUACUUGCACGAGGUUAGAUGAAGAAACUAGUGAUUCUUUGCAUAUUGAGAAUACGUUGUGGAGCGGAUGUGUCGUCGCUUCGGGACAGGCUACUGGACUUAUUAUUUAUACUGGUAGUGAAACUCGCAGUGUAAUGAACAACGCGACCCCCCGUUCCAAAGUGGGUCGACUAGACUUACAAGUGAACGACCUGACGAAGCUACUCUUCGUGGCUACUAUAGUCAUAUCGAUGCUGCUCAUCACGCUCAAAGGGUUCGCUGGACCCUGGUACGGGUUCCUCUUCAGAUUUGUGCUGCUCUUCUCUUAUAUUAUUCCUAUUAGUCUGCGAGUAAACUUGGACAUGGGCAAAGCCUUCUACUCGUGGACUAUCCAACGCGACAAGAAGAUUGAAGGCACAGUGAUGCGCUCCACCACCAUACCUGAGGAGUUGGGCCGCAUUCAGUACGUGCUAGCUGACAAGACCGGAACGCUCACCAAGAAUGAAAUGGUCUUCCAGAAACUGCAUCUUGGCAAUGCGCUCUUCGAUAAAAAUAAUUUUUAUGAGGUGGAAGCUCUCCUAACGCAAUACGUGACAAACGACGCGCCAUCGCUGCCCACGUCACCGACAGCCUCCAUGGUGGAAGGCUUAGCUGCUUCUCCCAAACAAGUGUGGCAAGCCGUGCUGGCUCUCGCGCUGUGUCAUAACGUCACGCCCGUGUAUGACGUCGCCACUGACACGCAGGCUGAUGAGGCUCAGUCUGAUAUGGGCAGCUCAGUGAUGUCAGAGAGCUGCGGCGGCGCGGUGCCUCAGCAACAGCUGUGCGACUACCAGGCCUCCAGCCCUGAUGAGGUGGCCUUAGUCAAAUGGACUGAUAUGAUGGGCGUAUCUCUUUACCGUCGUGACCUACACAACAUAUCGCUGAAGCUUCGAGCUGCUAACGAGAUUAUCCAGUACACCAUACUGCAGAUAUUUCCUUUCACCAGCGAGAGUAAAAUGAUGGGCAUCAUUGUACAGGAAGAAAACACCGGCAAGAUUACCUACUACGUGAAAGGAGCGGACGUAGCGCUAUCCAAACUGAUAGAUUCUCAAUGGCUCAAUACCGAAUGUAAGAAGUUGGCCGCCGACGGGCUCAGGACGCUCGUCAUGGCUAAGAGGAAUCUCACUAAGGAAGAAUAUUUGCAGUUUGAGGGCGAGUACAAGGAGGCGUGUUUAAGCGCGAACCGCAACGAGCGUACUCCCGCGGUACUGGCCAAGAUACAACGAGGCUUGACUCUGCUAGCUGUCACCGGCGUCGAAGAUAGACUGGCUGACGAUGUGCCUAGGACUUUGGCUAUGUUACGGACGGCUGGGAUUAAGAUCUGGAUGCUAACCGGCGACAAGCUAGAGACAGCGCUGUGCAUCGCUCGCUCGCUACAACUAGGGGGCGGCACACACUGGCACACGGCGCGGUCGUGCAGCUCGCGCCGCGACGCGCACGCGCUGCUCAGCGCGCUCAGCAGCGCCGGCGACGACAUGGACCUCAUCAUAGAGGGGGAGACGCUGGAGGUAUGCCUACAGUCCUACGAAGAAGAAUUUGUAGAAGUUCUAUGCAGAUGCAGCGGCGUGGUCGUGGCCCGUUGUUCGCCUACACAGAAGGCUCGCGUGGCCCGGUUACUGAGAGCUCGUAAACACGUGGUGGCGGCCGUGGGAGAUGGCGGGAACGAUGUCGCUAUGAUACAGGAAGCUGAUAUCGGUGUGGGCAUAGAAGGCGCGGAAGGUCGGGCGGCUUCCCUAGCCGGAGACGUGAGCAUCCGUCAGUUCGCGUACCUGGCGCGGCUGCUGCUGGUGCACGGCCGGCGCUCGGCCAUGCGCUCCGCCGCGCUGUCGCUCUUCAUAGUGCAUCGAGGACUCAUCGUGUCUACUAUGCAGGCGGUCUUCUCAGUGGUGUUCUACUUCUCGUCCGUGUCUCUCUACCCUGGAUUCCUGAUGGUCGGCUAUGGAACUGUGUUCACUAUGCUACCCGUAUUCUCUUUGGUUCUCGACAAAGAUAUACCAAGUUCGACUGCAUUACGCCACCCGCAACUGUACAAGCAAUUAUCAAAAGGAAGGCAGCUAUCAUACAAGUCAUUCUACAUAUGGACCGAUAUUUCUAUAUAUCAAGGAGCAGUAAUAAUGUACGGCGCCCUCGUCCUCUUCGAAGACCAGCUCAUCCACAUCGUAGAGAUCAGCUACACGGCGUUGAUCCUCACAGAACUGAUAAUGGUAGCUCUGACCGUGGUCACGUGGCACUGGCUGAUGAUCGGCGCCGAGCUCGUCAGCCUGCUCAUGUAUAUAGCCACGCUGCUUAUAUUUACCACGUAUUUUGACGGUGACUUCAUUCGACACUGGGAGUUCUGGUGGAAAGUAAUAGUAAUAACAUUAAUCUCCUGCCUCCCUCUAUACAUCGUCAAACACAUGCAUCGCAAGUGGAGCGACCGCCAGUACAAAAAUAUAAGAAAAUGAUCUUUAUUUGUAAAUAAUUUAGGUUCAUAUUUCAAUGUGAUUCACUCUUACUUUAAGGUCUUGUUGCACAUUGUAUGAGUUUUAUAAUGUUAGGUUGGAUUCGUUUUUAGACCGCAUGGGUUAACAAAAACUGUAGUGAAGUAACUCGAACUGGGCUCGAAAUAGAUGUAAGAAAACCUACUAGAUACAUUUAAAAAUAUCGAUAGAGAUAUCGCCUUGUCGAUAAGUUUUUUGGACAUCACUAGAUCUGUAUACAAAAAUUAUAAAAUAAAUGUAAAGAAACGGUUUUUUACUGUUAUAGUAUAGUGUGAUUAAACCUUACUCAACUUUAGCUUUACUAUUUUAUACUCUCGAUGUCUAUUAUUUGCCCCAUGCGGUCUAACAAAGGUCGAUAAAUGGUAGUAUUUUGUUAUGCUAUAGGAAUUCAGAUAUACUCUAAUAUUGCAGAGAUUCUCUCUUGUUACCGUGAUAAAGCAAGACUUUAGUCUGUAGAAAUCAAAAAUGUCCUACAUGAUCGCGAAAUACGUCCGAACUGAAAAACAACUUUUUAGAAGUCGGUUAAAAAACGGACGUUUAGGUUGUCGAUGGAAUAGCCGCAAAGAUGCGGUCCCGACAUGCGAUUGCCCAUCGAACGACAAUGCCUUUUGAAUUUAAUCAUAGAUAUUGACGAUUAUGGUAUCUAUUAUGAGCCAUAGACUAUAACAGCCAGUAAAGAACUUUUUAACAGUGAUCGGAACAUGAAACAAUGUAAAUAAGCGUUAUUGUGUACCAUUUUUGAUAUCCACCGACAAGUGUAGAUAGAUAGGACGAAUUAAAAGUAUUGGUUAUUAAUUAUUAUUACCUAUUUACAGUUAUUAGAUCACAAGUAUAUUCUAUGUAUAAUCAUUUUAUGUAUUACUAUUAUUUAAGAGAAAUCAGAUUGAAUGAAUUUUGCAGAUGAAGAGUAUCAUCAUAAUUUUUUCGACAUUUUAAGAUUUAUUUUCUGUUUUUUUGAGGAUGUAUGGGAGAACUAUUUUACUAAAAAUAUCACAGAUAUAUUUUAAUUGUUUUUAGAUAUUAUUUGAUCUUGUGUACGAUUCGUGGGACCAUUUCUCAUAUUUUCUCUCCCAAUCUAAAAUUUCGAUAUUUCUCAAAAAAAUUAUGAAAAGUUACCUGCAAGAUUCAUAUUCGAUUUGUGAUAGGAUAACAUAGUAGCAAUUUAAUCCAGGGCUGUGUAAACACAAAUAUAGAUCUAACAGAGUAACUAUAACAUUCUAGAUUGUUCUAGAUUUAUCUAGAAAGUUACAGUUGCUUUCGAGUUCUGAAUCUGUGCCGCAUUAUGUCUUCAAUAAGUGUAACAAGAUGAACGGAACGUAAAUUUUCUUUACUGCUUAGUGGGCGGAGACGAGACGUAUGAAAGAGUUCUAUUGGUUGUUAAAAAACUUCUCCACUCCGCUUUGUUAGAGUCAGAGCCUUAGAGAAGAAAAAAAUGGCGAAACCUCGUUUGACAUUGAGGAUUAACCACGGGGCGCCUCUAGCAAAUCAAUGAUAGUAUAAAAUGUAAUAUUUGGGUAAUAAAAAUUCAUCAUCAUCAUAGGGCCAGGCACGGGGUGAGGAUGGAUUGAAAGCUGAUAAUGCUGUAUAAUGUGGCACAGAUGUUAGUCAAUAGUAGACACAUCCAAAUAGAAAACAUUCAUCAUCCAAACACAACACAUCCAAAUACAACCCACCAGAACAAUGUCAUCGGCGAAAAGCAUACACCAGGGUGCCUCCUCCCGUAUAUCUGCCGUAAGCGCGUCCAUUACAAGCAGGAAGAGAUACGGGCUGAGGGCCGACCCCUGAUGUAAGCCAACACCUACACUGAAGCUGGCGGUAGUGCCCGCUGCGGACCGGGAAAACAUUUUACAAUAUGGGUCAUAAAUGUAGAGAAAAACAUUUAUUGUUCCGUCUCCUCGUUUAAUUCAAUUAAAGUUUUAGAUAAUUUUGUUAUUUUUUUUUUCUGUGAGUUUAUUUUAAUAAUUUAUUUUUGUUACGUGUUUAUUCCCGGAUGUUUUGUCAGUAAUACCUGUGAUUCGUUUAUUUAUAUUUAGCUGUGUAAGCGCAAUUAUUCCAUAGCUUAAUUUGACGUGUACUUGCGAGCAUAUUGUCUUGGGCCAUAUUUACAAUUUAUUUGUACUAGAAAAUCAUAAAAAUUGGAUUUCUUCCAUAUUGACCUCGAAAAUGCUUCUACUUCGUUUCGAAAAAAAGUCGUUCUUUUUCAGUAUUAGAAACGUUUUCAAGGCUUAAAGAGGAAAUAAGAAAUAAGGAGAUAUAUGGAGAGGGAUAUAAUUUUAACAGGAAAUUAGGGUGAGUUGCACCAUACAUUGCACAUAUACAAUGAUAACAAACUUUAAACCGUGCCGUGAAAUGGUCUCGCAUUGGUCAAAUCGGCGAUUUGGCAACUGAAAUGGUUCGGUUAUCGUUAUCGGUAAAUGGUGUAACUCACUGUAAUAGCUUUUUCACGUGACAUUUCUACAGCAGAUAAUUUGUAAAAAUGGACCAAAAUAUCUUCGUUUGACCAUGUUUUUUCUUCAUACACUUUCGAACAAGGUACAAAUUGCGUUAAAUGUGAUAUAUGUAUAAUAUUUAUUGAUUAAAAGUAUACUUGUAUUAAAGAGAUAGGUAAAGUUAAGAGUUGGUGCGUACGGUAUUUAAUCAUUUAAAUAAUGUUCUGAAAAAUAAAUAUUUUAUAUGACA